AUGAAGUCUACUUCCGCUCUUUUGGCCCUCGCGGCGUCGACAAGUGCCUCGCCGCUUGUCUCCAAGCGAGACGAUGUCUUGGGUAGCAAAGAGACGCUCUGCAAGGGCUGGGAUCUGAGAACCCCAGAAGGUGCCGAUGACCUCUGGGAAAAGACGGCCGCGGGUGUAUCUCUCGAGCUCUUCAUCAAGUCCCACUGGGAGCACGAAAACUCAUGGGUCAAGAACAUGGAAGACCAAGUCCAGGGCGGCACGUCAGGAAAAUCUGGAGCCGCCGGCUGCUCGGCCCUUGGCAAAGACUGCAACCCCAUGGGCGGCCCGAAACUCUUUUCCUGGAUCUUCCAGGCCGUCAAGGGCAUGCACGAAAAGUUCCGCGAGCUGAACCGCCAGUUCACUCAGGAGACUCUCAUCAACGGCUUGAGGAUUCCUCAGAUGGUUCAGAACUUUGACGGGUCUGAGGAUAACCCGAGUCAGGUCCGGGGUUGGAUUGCCGCUGCUGCCACCAUUGGAAACGCAGUUGGAGGCCUUGUACCUGGUGCUGGCUCUGGUAUCUCUGCUGGCUUCGGUAUCUUGGCUGGCAUCUUCUCCGCCCUCUCCCUAAACGGGGACGAGGUUGACCAAGGCACCAUCUCAAGCGCCCUCGCCAACACCUUUGAGGCAGCCACAACAUCCCUCGAAGAUACCCUCCGCAUUGCCACGGGCGGCGGCCGCAGCGAAGAAGAGUACAACUCCCUUCCAGCCCCCAAGUGGGACACAUACGAGACCAAGAUUGCCAAGUUCUUCAACGGCGGCUGGUUCCUAGUCGAUGACGACGAAGAAGCAGGCCGCGUAACCAUCGAGUCCAUCACAAACAAUAUUCAGAAAAAGGUUGCCAACGACGUCAUGAAGGCAGCCAAGUACCACCUCGUUGCUGACAAGCGUGACAAUGUGCGUACCCGUGAGGACUGCGGCUUUGCUCCUGGUCGACAGUGGCUCGAGCUCAAGGACGGAGAAGAGUACUUCUUCUACAUUAUGAAGAACAACCCGAACCGGAACCGCGAGAACGAGUGGGUUGAGGCCGCCGCCGAUAUCUACGAUAAGAUGGCCUCGUACGGGCUUGGUGACCGAGAGCCGUUCUACCGCGCCAUCAUUGACUGUGGGCUUCACGGAGGAGACAACAAGGAGAUUGAUCUGAGCAACUUAGCCUGGGGUCAGGUGCCGACGUGCUACUUUAACCUUCCGGCUGUGUUUAUCGAGAAGGAUAAUGAGGUUGGCUGCGCAAGUCCCUUUGACAACGCCAAGUACGACUACCUCAAGCUGACGCCUAUUUCAUAA